CCGCGAUUCGCGACACCAGCAACCCACAAGAGUGGCACUGUUUGUGGCAGAGAGAUAGGAGAGACUGAAAUACCCUCCUCCAUUCCUUUGUGAUUUUUUAAUUUAUUUAAAUCUUCCUUUUUGAUUUUUCCCUUUCCUUCCUUUUUCUUCCCAAAAAAUAUCUGUGGAACUCUCCCAACUCCCGCAAUUUGUUGAUUUCUUCACAAUUUAAAGUUCUUUUUGUACAUAAUUCUCUCUGUGGAGUGCAGUGCAUUUGGAUAUAAAAUUCCUUUCUGAUUUUUCCGAGAUAUUCUGGAUUAACCAGGAUAUUUGCUUUACUGGAUUACUGAACAAGUGACAUCACAGUGAGAGGAAAUUAUUGGGGAAUUUCAGUGUUGUGUUCAAAAUCGAUCGCGGAGAAUUCUUCCCGCGAAGAAGUGCCCCUGUGCCAGCGGGAAAGAAGGCCAAUCAGUGCGGAAAAGUGGAAAUGAGUGCACUAUGAGCAUAUGGAUUUGCAGUGUGGUGGCACUAAAAAGGAAUGACCCCAACUUUGCAUAAAAUAGGGGUGUAGUUUGUACAAAAAAAAAAAGAAUUAGCUGGACAUGUCAGCCAGUUCACCAGAAGCCAAUCUCUAAUUAUUCUCCGUGUAUAUUAAAUGUGUGUGUUAAUUGCGUGUUUGUGUCACUGGAGUGCCAUAACUUUUCCAAAUAAUUUAACGUCACAUUAAUGCGAUACAUGGAGAAAUUUUCCAAGUGAAACUACAAAAUAUACAAUAUAGGAUUUCGCAAUAUAUUAACUUCCUACAAGCAUUGCUACGUAGAAGAACUCGGGCUGCAACAAGGAGUGAUGGUCAUCUCUGUGAAAAUUCAUAUUUCUUUGGGCAGUAAUUUCUCGUGAGAACACAACCACCCCAUCACCUCCUCGGAAAAAAGGGUGGAAUGGUUUGUGUGUGAAGAGGGUUUUGUGAGGGAGAGAAAGUCGUAUAAAAGUGUGAGAAAGGGGCUUCUUUGCGCGCGCUGUGCAUUCCAUGUGACUGUGAAUCGAUCCAAUUGCUCUGAUAUUUGCAUGCAUCCCCCUGCCGGCCGACUGACGAUGACCAGCACACCACUCUCUUCCCACACCGCAGAGCAUCAAUAAUGCCCGCUGCCCUGGGUCGACGUUUUGUGGAAAUCGCCAUGAUUUUCAUUUGCCUCUGGAACGAUGUGGUCGCCAAGAAGAAUAUAACAAUCCGACCGAGAUUUCUGCUGCCGGAAAACUAUGUGAAAGAAGUCCGUCCACCGUCACGAAAAAAUACUCCAGUCGUUGUUGAAUUUAGCAUCUUUGUCGUUGACAUCAACUCCAUCAAUGUGGAGGACAUGGAUUUUCGGGUGGAUAUGUUUGUGCACCAGAAGUGGCUGGAGUCGCGCCUCAAACUUCACGAUGACAUCUUCGAGGAGGGCGACGACUACGUGACCCUCCCGCCUGAGUUCUUCGACAAUCUCUGGCAACCAGAUCCCUAUUUUCUCAAUUCCAAAGUCGCAGAAAUUGCAACGCUCACGCACAAAUUCUCUUCGGUGACGCUGUACCGGAAUAAGACGGUACGGUACGCGGCCCGGAUGCACGCCAUUAUUGCCUGCCAGAUGGAAUUUCAACUGUACCCCAUGGACAUACAGAUUUGCCCCAUCUACAUCGAGAGCUUCUCCUACAGCAACCAAAAGGUUCGCCUCAAAUGGUCCGACCCUGGUGUUACGUUAAAUCCCGAAUUGAAGUUGCUGCAGUACAAUCUGGGGCAGCCAUUGGAGCUGGAGGAGAGCGAUGGGUACAUGCCUGAGAAGGUGGGAAACUUCUCCCGCCUCACAGUUUACUUUCGCUUUGAGCGCCAAAUUGGUCAUCAUCUCAUCCAGACAUUUGCUCCGUCAUCCCUCGUUGUGAUGCUCUCGUGGUUCAGCUUCUGGCUCGGCUUGGACGCCAUCCCGGGUCGUGUGACACUCCUCGUGACUUGCAUGCUGACCCUCGUGACGAUGUUCACGGGCCUACGGGCUGAUAUUCCGCCUGUGGCGUACAUCAAAGCGCUAGAUCUGUGGAUGGCGGGAUGCAUGAUGUUCGUCUUCUCGGCACUUGGGGAAUUUGUGGUGGUCAAAGUGCUGGACGUACAGUACCAAUAUCAAGCCAAUCGGAUGCCUAAAGUGAUUCCCAUGCGCAUCAGUGCAAUGGAAAAGGGUCAAUGCCAGACAGUGGCCAAUUGGGAGGCUGGUCAGGUGAGAUCCCGGAAAGCCACGCCAACGGCAACGACGCCGGGACAGGGUGGGAUUCUCGUGCAGCAAACAUCCCUCCAAGGCAAUGGAGGCCCACCGAAGCCUACGCGGCGCCAGAGCCUCUUGUCCGUGGCCUGGACGGACACAGACACGGGCGUUGAGAAAAUUAUGUGGCGCGAAAUCGAUAAAAUGUCCCGUAUUGUCUUUCCGGCCCUCUUCUUGGUCUUCGUCAUCCUCUACUGGCCGAUACUCCUCUUGAAAUCAUCCUAGACUCUAGUAAGCAUUACAAAAUAUUUAGGCAUUAAUUUCUUUGUGAUAAAAACAACCCAAAAUCCUCUAUCUCUCUCUCUAAAAGCCUGUGACGCUGCACCCUUAUCCACUUUCUCUCCAAAAAACAUUUUUUCCCAACAAAAGUAAAAAUAAUUUGUGGAAGUUUGUAAACAUUUGUUCAGCGAAAAAUAAUAAUUAAAUAUAAAGCUCUUAAAGUGCUUUGAAAAUAAAAUUCAAAAUGUUUCAUUACAAACUUUUACAAACUUCAACAAACUAUUUUCCCCCAAUUUUGGGAAGAGAAAAAUUACAUUAUAACGAAAUCAAAAAAAGAAAA